UCACACAAAAUUCCAUAAACUAUGUGCCUUCCGCUCACAAAUUUCCCACACAAAAAGACCCCUUGAAAAGAAAUAGUAUUGCUUGAAUAAUCCUUUCUCUCUCCACCACCACCACCACCGUCUCCGCCACAGCCACCGGCGCUCAACAAUGAAAAUGGCGUCAUCUCUUCUGCUUCCGCUCCUCUUGAUCUUCCCAUUUCUUCUCCAUCCAGCACAUUCAAAGCUCACCCUCGACUACUACAACAAAACCUGUCCCAAAUUCGCCAAGAUCGUCCAAGAAGUGGUGGUCGACAAGCAGCUCGCCAUUCCCACCACCGCCGCCGGUGCCCUCCGCCUCUUCUUCCAUGACUGCAUCGUCGGCGGCUGCGACGCCUCCCUCCUCAUCACAUCCAACUCAUUCAACACCGCCGAGCGGGACCACAAACUCAAUCAGGCUCUCCCUGGCGACGCCUUUGACAUCGUCAUCCGGGCCAAGACCAAGCUCGAGCUCGAAUGCCCCGGCAUAGUCUCCUGCUCCGAUAUCCUCGCUGAAGCAACUCGCGACCUGGUAUCCAUGGUCGGCGGCCCGUACUACACCGUCCUCCUCGGCCGGAAAGACAGCAUCGAAUCACGCGCCACAGACGUCGAAGGCCACAUCGCUAAGCCCGACAUGACGCUGAGCCACAUCAUCGACAUAUUUGCAGAUAAAGGGUUCAACGUCCAAGAAAUGGUGGCGCUCGUCGGAGCCCACACCAUAGGAUUCUCCCACUGCUCGGAGUUCGCCAGCAGAAUCUUCAAUUUCAGCAAAAAGCAAGAUCAUGACCCCACGAUGAACCCCGAGUACGCAAAGGGGUUGAAGAAGCUCUGCGCGAACUACAAGACCGACACGACGAUCGCCGCGUUCAACGAUCCCAUGACCCCCGGAAAAUUCGACAACAUGUACUUCCAAAACCUACAGAGGGGAGUGGGGUUGUUGGCCAGCGAUCAGGUGAUGAUGUUUGAUCCAAGAACCAAGCCUUACGUGGACUUGUACGCAGCGAAUCAGACAGCAUUCUUCGAGGCAUUUUCUCGGGCAAUGGAGAAGGUAAGUGUUCAUAAUGUCCUGACAGGGAAUCAAGGAGAGGUGCGGAAGAGGUGCGACGCGACCAAUGCACUCAAAACGCAGUAAUGGGGACGUGGAAUUUAAUUAUUAGAAUUAAUUAUAUGGUAUGAUCAUAUAUAUUAUCAAUCAUAUGAUCAAGCCCAAAAAUAUAAAAAUAUAAAAACAAUAGAUAUAUAAAUGCAUGAAAUAUAAAGAUAAAUUUAUGAUUUUAAUAUAAGGUGCCAAUCAUUAUUCAAAUGGUAGAUAUAACUGUGUGGCUUUCUUAUAAUCUUUUUUCGGGGUUUUUUUUACGUUUUUAUUUGGUUUUUAAGAUGUAUAAUGUGGUGGGAUAUUUUAAUUAUUAGGUACUUAUAUACACACAUAUUUCUUCGUUGUAAUUAGAUCGAUUGUCGGUUUUUUUUUUUUUUUUUUUUUUUGUCUAAAUUUUUGCGUGUAUGUGAAUACAUAUCAUGAGUGGGAGAAAGGAGAUUAAUAGAUGUUUCGUGGAGUUUUGAUAUA